AUGGCCAGCGAACAGGUCAACGGGACGAAGCGCCGUCACGACGCCUCAGCUGAGAAGCCGUCCGAGAAGCGGGAGUUCCCGAAACGCCCGCGACUGGAAGAGAAGACCGAUCUUAUGAAAUGGCGCAUGAGGGACGACCAAGGCCGUUUGACCUGGCAUUAUUUGCAGGACGAUGAAGCUGCGAAGGAUUGGCCGCAGAGCUAUGCCGACAAGUGGUAUCUCGGCCUGCCAAUGGAUCUGCCUAGCCUACCACGGCCUCAGAACCCCCUCGACGCUGCUCGUAACGGCCUGACUUUCUUCGAGAAACUCCAGCUCACCUCCGGCACCUGGGGAUGUGAAUAUGGCGGCCCAAUGUUCCUCAUUCCCGGCAUUGUCAUUGCGUGGUAUGUCACAAAGACGCCGAUCCCGCCUCAUUACGCCACCGAAAUCCGCAACUAUCUCUUCGCUCGUGCCCACCCGGAGGAUGGCGGUUGGGGCCUGCACAUCGAGGGGGAGAGUUCCGUUUUCGGCACCGCGAUGAACUACGUCGUGCUGAGGCUUAUCGGCGUGGAUGCCGAAGACCCUGUCCUGGUUAAAGCUCGAGGAACGCUACAUAAACUUGGUGGUGCUGUUAAUGGGCCUCAUUGGGCCAAGUUCUGGCUUGCCGUGCUUGGUCUGGUGAGCUGGGAUAUCGUCAAUCCUGUCCCACCUGAGAUUUGGCUGCUUCCCGACUGGGUUCCAAUCGCGCCUUGGCGGUGGUGGAUUCAUAUCCGUCAGGUUUUCCUCCCCAUGUCUUACAUCUACUCCAAGAGAUGGAGUUGUGAAGAGACGGAUGUCCUUCGGGAACUUAAGAAGGAGAUCUUUGUACAGCCGUGGGCGGAGAUCGAUUGGGAAGGUCACCGAAACAGCAUCUCUCACAUGGACAACUACCAUCCCAAGUCUUGGCUUCUGCGGCUGGCAAAUUGGUUCCUGGUGAAGGUCUGGAAUCCUUACCUGCGGACCGAAAGCAUCAAGGAUUGGGCAGAGGCAUGGACUAGUGAACUCGUGGAUAUGGAGGACGCCAACACCGGCUAUGCUGACCUGGCGCCUGUCAACGCUCCGAUGAAUACUGUGGUCUGCCUUAUUCGAGAUGGACCCGAAGCUUACUCUACUCGGAGACAUAUCGAGAGACUCGAAGAGUUCCUCUGGGUGAAGAAUGAGGGAAUGCUCGUUAACGGAACGAACGGCGUGCAGUGCUGGGAUACGGCAUUUGCUAUCCAAGCUGUUAUGGCUGCUGGGCUGGAGACAGAUGAAAGGUGGCGCCCGAUGCUGACGCGAGCCCUCGAGUUCCUUGACACCCAGCAAAUCCGCGAAAACUGCAAAGAUCAAGAGAAGUGCUACCGCCAGCAGCGCAAGGGAGGCUGGCCUUUCAGCAACAAGGACCAGGGAUAUGCCGUUAGCGACUGCAUUUCCGAAGCUCUAAAGUCCAUCAUCCUCCUUCAGAAGACUGAAGGUUACCCACAGCUUGUCGAUGACCAGCGCAUCUUCGACGCUAUUGACACGCUACUCAUCUACCAGAACGACACUGGUGGCGCCGCCUCCUACGAAUGCCGUCGAGGCGGCGAAUACAUGGAAAUGCUUAAUGCAGCUGAGGUUUUUGGUCGCAUUAUGAUCGAGUACGACUACCCCGAAUGCACGACCGCGUGCGUUACGGCUCUUUCUCUAUUCCACAAGCAUUGGCCCGACUACCGAGGCGCCGAGAUCGAGGCUUGGAUCAAGCGGGCCGUCAACUGGAUCAAGACGAACCAACGUCCGGAUGGGAGCUGGUACGGAAGUUGGGGCAUCUGCUUUACGUAUGCUGCCAUGUUUGCUCUGGAGAGUCUUGCUAGCAUUGGCGAGACCUACGAAGCGAGCAAGUCGUCCAAGGCUGGCUGCGAGUUCUUGCUGUCUAAGCAGCGUCCCGACGGUGGGUGGUCUGAGAGCUACAAGGCCUGCGAGGAUAUGACGUGGCACGAGCAUCCGACUGGUUCGCUAGUCGUCCAGACAGCCUGGGCCCUCAUUGGUCUCAUGGAGGCCGGCUAUCCUCACGUCGAGCCCAUCCGAAAGGGCAUCAAGUUCAUCAUGGACCGUCAGCAGGACAACGGCGAGUGGCUGCAGGAGGCAAUUGAGGGGGUGUUCAACAAGAGCUGCAUGAUUUCGUACCCUAACUACAAGUUUACGUUUACGAUCAAGGCUCUCGGGCUGUUUGCAAGGAAGUUCCCGGAUGAGAAGGUGGUCUAA